UUGAAAUUAUCAAUAUGCCCGAUAGAGAGAAUAUUGCUCUUAACGUGUUCGUACUCAAAGAUGAGAGGUUUUACAAUGACUCAUCAGGGUAGUCUCUAUGCUCACAUAUUUUUAUAUGAGUUUUAAUAAUAGCUCCUCAGGGAUACCCUCAAAGAGUGUUGAGAAAUAUCAGGGAUGCUUAUAUUUGAUAUUGCAGCUGAUUUAUGCUCUCUUAAAGAAUUACAUUCUUCCUCCUUUAAGAUUUCAUAUGCAUCCAGUUUUUACUUUCUUGGAAUAUUGCUUGAGACUCAAAAUUUCUUAUUUCAUCGAUUUUUCAAAAUGUGAAAAUAUUCUGUAAAUCUCAAAUGGUGAAUUGGCUUCUUAUCAGGGAGUUCAUCGGAUGAAUGGAUUACUCUGUCCAGUUAGGCUGUCUCAAUGAAGGAGCUGUAUAUUUCUUUCAGCUUUAUCCACCUUCAGUUGCUUAAAACUUAGAACCUCAAUUUAUUUCAGGUUUGAAAUAUGGGAAAAUUUCAGGAAGGCAAAGAGCAAGAGUUGAGAAAAUAUUUACAAAGAAAUGUUCGAAAAUUUGAUAAAAAAUAUUUCAAAGUCUGUUGUAUUUUCCAAUCUGGGAACUCCCUUAACCAUGGGCCUCGGCUAGUUUUGGCCUCAAUUUUUUCUUAGUAUUUUGAACGAACCUUCUUUUCUGUGUUCACAAGUUACUUAAUAAUAUCAACAGCAAAAAUUCAGCCAAAAAGAAAAUGUUUUAGUUAAAUCCUGGUUUAUUGGCUCAGAAGUAGAAGACUCCUUCACCAUUUUGGAGAAAAUACAAUUCUGGAAACUUUUAAAUUGGCAUUUGAUCAAUUUUAUUAAAAGAAUGAUACUCUCUUGUUGAGUACCUCCAAUUCCCUUUGUAAAAGUCUAAAACCUAAUGUCUCAGGCCCCCUAGGCCCAUGAAAUAUUCUUACUCCUCAGCAGAAAUUUACAGCAAUUAUGGAAACAUUUUUAAUAAGAAAUUCAAGAGAUUUCUAAAACUACCCAAAAGUGUUUAGAUUUAGCCCAUAACCUAAAAUUUCAAGUUUCGGCAGCAAUUUUUAUGUGUUUUAUAAACAUGAAGAGAACACCUCUGGAAGUGAAUAAGGUACGAUAAAAAUAGCCAAUAUUUUAGAGAGGACUAGAUUGCAUAUGAUUUCAAAUACUCUUAUUCCUAAAAGCUAAGCAUUGUUAUUAGGAAGGAUAAAACAAGGCUCACUUGUUUAAAUUAGUCCCAAAUUUUACUUAAUACCUGGUACCUAUCGAAGAAAUGGAUGGGAUUAAAACAGACAUCCUUUUUACUAUGACUUCUGAGUUUCUUUAUAAAUUCAGAAGCAAUUUGUGGUGAACCAUUGGUGAAAACGCUCUCUUUAAGUUAUGAUUUAAUACAAUGGUGAAAUUAUUGUCAUAAACAAGUACAAUUCCUUGCUUUGUUAGCUUAAAAGCGAAGCCAGAGUCAUUACAGGUACAUGCUUUUGA